ACGUUAUCGGACAUUUUAGACCGAGAAACUAUCAGAGUGAAGAGUUUGGAGUCCUGGCGCACAAUAUGGAAUCUAAACGGGCUUUGAUUCUUCUGUUGGUGCUUUGCUCUGUUUUUGCGCAGGAAACGCAACAACAAGGUCGAGGUAUUGCUGGAAUUGUGUUAAAAGGUAGAGAUGAAGUGGGUGUUAAUGCUGUGGAAGCAGGUAUACUGAAGAGCGGCCUCACCACUGUGUUCUUCCCGAUCAUCUACACCAUUGUGUUUGUGGUCGGGCUAAUUGCCAACGGGAUGGCCCUAUGGGUGUUCCUCUUCAGGACCAAGAAGAAGUACCCUUCCUCCAUCUACAUGGCCAACCUUGCCUUGGCUGACCUGCUGUUUGUCGUUUGGAUCCCCCUGAAGAUCUCCUACCAUGCACAACAAAACAACUGGUUGUACGGGGAGCCCUUGUGCAAAGUCUUUGUGAGCUUCUUCUAUGGGAACAUGUAUUGCUCGGUGCUCUUCAUCACGUGCCUCAGUGUGCAGAGGUACUGGGUGGUGGCACACCCGCUGUCCACACAAAAGAGGAACAAUAAAGUUGCUAUUUGUGUCUGUGUGGCCAUCUGGGUGUUCAUUUGGAUCAGCUCUAUUCCUCUGUACCUAUAUGACCAAACAGCUAAGAUCCACGGCAUGAACAUAACAACCUGCCAUGAUGUUACAAAAGUAGAUGAGCUUGAUCGAUAUUCUUCUUUGAAGCACCCCGUCUUCUACUUCAUGUUCAUGAGCACAGUGGCGUUCUUUGUCCCAUGCAUAGUGAUCGUUGUGGCGUACGUCCUGUUGCUCAAAACCCUGUCGACCAACGUGAUAGACAGCACAGGAUCAAAGACACGCAAGAAAGCCAUUGUGUUGAUCGCAGUUGUCCUGGUGACCUUCCUCAUAUGCUUCGUCCCUAGCAACAUCAUGCUGGUGGUUCAUUACGCCCUGCUGAAAGCUGGAGAAACAAACUCCCUCUAUGGCUUUUACAUCACAACGCUUUGUCUGUCCAGCCUCAACAGCUGCAUAGACCCUUUCAUCUACUACUUUGUGUCGGACGAGUUCAGGGAGCACGUGAAGAACACAUUGCUGUGCCGGAGCAGCAGAAGUGUGGAACGGGAGAAGGCCACGUUCAGUUCCAUGAAGUACUCCAAGAAGAGCAAAUCAUUUGUGUCGGAGAGCACCAACACUGAGAGCAGCCAUUGUUAGAGACAGAAAACGGACAGAUCAGAUGCUGCACUGUGCCUCUCUUGUGCACUGGUGAUGUAGUCCACCGUCACUCGGCUCAGUACUCAACCAAAGAUGAACUCUGAACUUUAAGAGCACUGCAAUUUGAAAUGUGUUUGUUAUAUUAUGAGCCUCAGGUCAGUGUCAGAAUGUGAAUAAUAGUUUUUUUUUUAUAUUUUCUGUAUAUAUAGAUGUUAAAGUGUGGAGAUUAACUUUUAAAGACUGACAUUUAUUGCAUGAGAUGCACUAUUCAGGCUUUUCCCAGCUGGUUUCUGAUGUUGACUGCAAUAUUUAAAGGAAAAACAAACUUCUAUUACUUGUAAAACAAAGUUUUUCUAUUAAACUUGCAGCUCAUAACUCAACAAAAAAUGUAAAAAAAAAAAAAAAUGGAAUCUUUUGUCUGAUUUUUUUUAUUUUAUUUUUGUAAUGAUUUCAUUCUAAAAAUGCCCUAAACACACAUUUUAGACUAAAAAAGGCAUUAUUUGUGUCUAUGCAUGUAAUAAUUAAGAACAGUUUUCAGGUUUUCCAGUGUUUUUCCUGAUAAUCCUCAAUCAAAGAAGAUGAUUGUCCAUUCCUGUCUCUAACCGAUUGAUUGGUGCAUCUUAUGUCUAUUUUAUAUUGUAGAUAAAUGUAUUUUUUUUUCUCUAAAAAUUGCCAUUAUGGUUCAGUGUCAUUGUAAUAACUGAGUAAAACGAUGCACAAAUACAAAUAUUUAUUUUUUUAAGUCAUAUUUUUCGAUGCCUGUUCAACUCCCUUCUUGCAGCUGUUUAAGCUCGUUUUAAAGUUUAUUUGUUAACCUUUGGCAUUGUUACGUAUUUCCUUAAAUAAACAGGACAAUCCACAGUUUUUGUGAAA